AAAUUUGGGUGCGACCAAAGAUGCCGCGGCAUUUACCCUAUCCGCGGCCGCAUCGGGAGCUCCCACUGAAGCUGCGCCGAUGUGUCAAGCCAUGGCUUGCCCACAAGAAGAUUUACUACGCUACACCGGCCAACCCGCCUCCCGCCCCUCGCUCUCGCUCCACUCACCCCACCUCGGUGUUUCUCCUCUGGACCACUCUCGCCGCCAACCAAUUGCAGCCGUGGCGGCGGGGAGACAAGGCUGAGGAGGCCCUUGACAGCAGCACAGAUCGGGCUUAUCGGUACCCGUACGAACUGCACAGGAAUCGCAUCUUACAGCGCCCGCGCAAUCCAUCAGCCCGGCAGCUCGAGGAGGAGCUACAGGAAGAGAGCAUGCCCCUGCAGCAACGCUUCUCCAACCUUAUGUCCUUGCUCAAAGCAAAGUAGCCUGACUUUUUAGAGGGAAAUUUUAAGUUUAAUUGCAAGCGGUGGUGGGUUGAAUUUGCAAAAGUUUAUAAUCUAGAUUGCACUAGCUCAACCUAUGCACAAUUGAGCAUUAGUAGAAUUAUUCCUAUUUAGUAUUAUUUCUUUAUUCAAUUCAUCAAUGUGUGAUUCA